UGCGGAAGUGUGUAUGUGCGGGGUUUUAAGUUGGAGUCAUGAUGACAGCAGGCAGUUGAAUAGGUAGUAUGGAUUUAAAAGAAGAGAUUCUUUCUUCCUUAAGGAAGCACGACAUUGGAGAAGAGUUUUCUCAUUUGUCCUCUCAUCCAAAAGCGUCAGUGCUCAUCCCGCUUUUUGUAAGAGAGGGCCGUGUGCACGUGCUGCUAACUGUGCGCUCUGCCGCGCUUAAACAUAACCCUGGAGAGGUGUGUUUUCCAGGCGGAAGGUCCGAUCCACACGAUCGGGAUGAAAUCGACACAGCGCUGAGGGAGGCAAUGGAGGAGGUCAGCCUUCCCCCUGAUGAAGUAGAAGUUAUUUGCAGACUUUGUCCAGUGUUGAAUCAGAGAGGCCUUUUGGUGACCCCAGUGGUAGCUUUCAUCAGCGACUCUUUUCAAGCGAGCCCGAACCCAGAUGAAGUGAGUGAGGUGUUCACUGUGCCUGUGGAUUUUUUCUUGACAAAGACUCAUCACUCGUCUUACCCUGCACCCAACAUCAUUGGAUAUAUGCACAAUUUUUUCUACACUGACCCUGUCACUGGCAAGCUCCACUGCAUCUUUGGAUUUACAGCCUUUCUGCUCAUAUUACUGGCUGUUUGUGCUUUUGAAAAGAAGCCAGAUUUUGAAGUAGGCUUUUCUUUGGAGAAUCCGACUAAAAGUUUUCUGCAAUAUCUUCAACAAAGUUUAAGCAAGUUAUGACUCCGUUCAUUGAAUGAGCUCAAACUUGUUGCUUGUUCCUAAACCAAGAAAAGGCAAUGUUAAUUUCUUAGAAGUACUCUCAUGCAUGCUCAGUCAUUCUCUAUACUGCUUAUUCUGUACAGGGUGGGGGAGGCCUGGAGCAUAUCUCAGGGGACAUAGGGCACUAAGUCGGGUGCCAAGCAAUCACUGGGAACACGCACACAAACUCAUACACAAUGGGCAAUUUGAAAAAGCCAAUUAGAUUGUGGAAGAAAACUGGAGCACCAGGAGGAAACCCACCAAGCACAGGAAGAACAUGCAACCUCAAUAAACACAGACCCAAAUCUGAGACUCAAAUACUCUGUUCUGGAGGUAUAAGUCCACAGCGCUAAACACUACGCCACCAUUUCGCCUACCUGGAAAAAUGUCAAAAUAUUUCCAUAUAUUCACAUUCAGUAAUGGCAGAGCUGUGAUCGAUCCAGAGUUUAUGUCCCAAGAACUUUGGACAUGAUGUACACAUGUGCAGUUUUUAGGAAGGUGAUAGGAAACUUAAGAACUUAAAGAAACCUCAGUGGACAGAGAGUGCAUAAUUGUAGAUUGUAAUCUGAAAUCACAAACAAAUCAUGCACCCUGGAUCUGUCAGAAUCUUUCUGUCCACUCUUCACUGCAUCACAGUGCCGCCCUACAAUCAAAUUCAUAAAUGCAAAUAAGUUAAGGAUUCAAAUCAGCUCAGAUUCAAAUCAGCCUAAGACAUUUUUUUUUUAUUUGCAUAAACACCACCUUGGCUACAAAACCCCUGGGACCAAAAUAUUUGAGUAGAUUAAAUUCAGGAAAAGUUUUAAGUAAAUCACACAGUGAUUAACAAUUUAUAGUAGCAGAGAUAGUAAUAUUUUACUGUAAAUAUGAAGUUGCAUUAUAAAUGCUGCAUCUGUAUUAUUGGUAAAGCUUUAUCUGACAGAGAUGGAUAUAAAAUGAUAAUGUGAAAUUAAAUGACAUGCCAGGCAUAUUUACGUGGUAGAGUUUGUCUGCUAAACUAAUUUUUGUGUGUCAGAAAUAAAAUAUGAUCUCACAUCUUAUCAUUCUGUAGCCUCUAAGAAAUUAAAUUCCACAAAUCCUGUGAGUACAGAGUGGUUUUAUGAACUAUUCAAGUCAACUAUUCAAAUUAAUAAUUACAUAAUUUAAAAGUGCACUAAUGGCUUUUCACUGGAGCAUUUUUUCCUGACAGUUCAACUUACAGAGCAAGUCCAACUGCCGUUCCUUGUUCUUUAGCUAAUGGUAAUCAGUUUGGAUUAAAUCCAUUAAUAUUUACUAGGCAUAAUAUUAGAUAGAAUCAUCUGUAAAUCAGUAUUCUACAAAAUAAAGAAUUCUGGUUGAGCAAUGCAGUAAAUAAUGAGGUUGCAAUUAAUUGCAUAGUAAGAGUGAUGUGGGGAAAACAAUUACACACCCACCUCUAUACUUAUAAACGGCUGCUGUAGACAAAUAAAUUCAAGAUUUUUACAACCCGGAAAAUAGAAAAGGUGUGUCUCUUUUAUUUAAGUCUUGCAAAUGUGUGUAAUCCAUCUACUUUCAGAUGAUGGAACAAAAGUAAUCCAUAUUUUAACUUGUUACUUUAUUUUAUGAGGGUUGUUCAAGUCAAACCAGGACUUUUGCUUGUGCAGAAUAACAGAAUACUGUUAUGAGAGAAAAAAAAUACCUUUAUUUCUCUAUAUAAUCCCCUGCUACAAAUCUAAAAUGUUGGCCUUCCAGGACUCUUUCAAUGGCCCAAACAUAUGCUGGAGCGAGGGCAUGACUAUACAGGGGAUUAGGCAAUAAUGUGGUGACAAGUUAUCUGUUGAUUGUCAAGGAUCAGACAUUCAACUCGAUAAAUGUUCACAGGAAUCAAAUGCAGUUCUCUAUGAGCCAAAGGUUCAUGGACAUAUGGCCUUCUUUAAAACGUUUGCACCAUUCAAAUGUUUUAUUGUGGGUAAACAUAUCCUCACCGUUCUGUACAUGUCAAUCGGUUUUACACCUUCAUUCACGAGAAACUUCCUUACAUGUCUCAUGAAGGACGGUUUUGGCUUGAACGUCCUUCAAACAUGCAUUUUUUUAAAUCUCUGCUAAUGAUGUGUCAUGGAGCUGAUAUUUUUCAGCUAAUCACCUAAUAGAUGCUUUGUAUGGAUAUAAAGUCUGGACUAGCCUAGCCAAGCUUCUUUAGAGCAUUUUAUGGUGUUCUCAUGGCCAUUGUUAGUGCCGUUGUGAUUGGUUCUACAAAUCGCGUCAAUCAUGGACCUCAGAUUCCCCACAAGCAUCAGUUGUUGUUGGCGGUGGUGUCUUUUUGUUUUUGUUUUUUAAUACAACUCUCCUGCAGAUCUCUGGUGCCAUACUCUAGGGGAAUUUGUGUCUCCUGCUGUAAAAAUGAAAUAAAACUGUUAUAUGACCCUCAUUUAUUUUUCUUCUGUUUUGCUCUGGUGUGGUUUUCCUGCAGUGCUAGGAGCAGGUGGACCCUGGUGAGUUCAUCUCUGCUUCAUUAAAGAGCAAAGAUGUCUAACUAGCUCCCUCUUAAUGCAUGAGCAGCUAUUCCUCACUUUCUGUGGCAUCACAGCAACUCGCACACUGAAUCAAUUUUGAUUUAGGGCUUUUUUCUUAGACAUAAAACACAAGUACUGUAAAUCUAUCCACAGUGAAUCGGCCUGGUGUAGGGUUGUAGACAGCAUGUACUGUAUAUGUUUAAGUGCAUUUGUUUACCACUAGAGGGAGCUGGACUACUUAUUUCUAGUAAUUAUUGGUUACUCUGAUUAGACAGCUAUUAAUGAAAAGGGAAAUUGAGAGAAUCUUUUUUAUCUAAGUAAAAUGUACUAUUUUAGUGCCAGAUGGAAAUGUCUUGAUUGUUUUGGAUGUUAAGUACCCGCAGUGGGAAUGUGUGUCAAAUCUGCUCAGAUGCACGUGGGCUGUGUUUGCUAAAUGCCAGCUUGAUGACCUUACUGCUAAGCUGUAGAGCUAUGAGGGGUGUUCAAGUCAAACCUGGACUUGUGAAAUUUCUCGUGAAUGAAGGCGUAAGAAACUGAUUGACAUUUACAGAAGACAUCAAGCACCGCACAGUGCUUGCACAUUUGAAUGGUGAAAACAAUCUCAAAGCCCGAACAUUCAGCAAGUUGAACGCCUGAUCCUUAAAAAAAUCUAUGAAUAACUUGCGGAAGUGACACAUCUGUCUGUGGAAACUGUACACAAUUAUUCAUUAGUCAUUUUGCAUAAGCAAAAAAAACAAAAAAAAAAACCCAAGCACAAAUAAUGCUAUCAGAAGUGGCACAAGCAUGAGGCAGUGUGUAGUCCUGUGUUUAACAUGUGAUGCGAUUAUGGGAUUAUGAUACCACGACAUUUUAAAGUAGUAUUAGCUGUUGCACCUUAAAAUGUAAUUGCACGCCGUUUAACGCCGUUUCAGCAGAGCUUAAAUACUGACCAUCUCCUAAUAAGUGGAACUCCUCUUUAGUGGUAUAGCUUUCCAUUUACUAGCUUUCAGUGCACACCUGGAGCAUACAAAGGCAAGCAUAAUAGAACAAAUUCGUGUUUAUAAUGUGGCUUAAUAUAGAAAAUCUGUGUCUUGUACGUUUAUUGUGCAACACUUGCUCUGGUUUUGUGUCAUAAUUGGAAACAGCAGCAGAGUGUCUUUAUCCCAGGUACUUUUUUUUUUUUUUGAGGUCACAGCCAGUACCAAUUUCAUUUGUUUUUACAAUAUCUCUUGCUAGAUAACAAGUCAUAAAUUAACUCUGACACUGUAGACUUACAUGACUUUUUUUUACAGCAAGAUGUUUUAAGAGGUUUCUGUUUUUAGCUUUGCAUUCAUGCCUGGCUUUUGUCAGUUUUAUGGUGUGUUUGAUUGUAUUUUCUGGUAGUAAUCUAAACACCGGCUGUAGUGUUGUAGUUUGUUUUUCUUUAAAGGCUUCAAAUACAGUUUUUUUUUUAUAUAGGGUAUGUGGUGAUUCCCUUUCCUAAUUUAUUUUCUAUACAGGGUGGUCCAAAAGUCUGAAUCCAUAGGGAAAUCUUUACUUAUAAAUGCGAAAAUACAGCAAAUACUCAAAUUAACUCCUGCUGGUUUUGUGGCACUUGUGUAUAAGCUGAAUGUAGGAAUUGUGAAAAUUUUUAAUGUAAUCAAACUGACAUUUUUACAUUGUUCUAAUGUAUAUUAUAUUGUAAUUUUGAUAUUUAAAAAAAUAACACAUUACAAUUUGAAUCAGCAUCAAGGUAUUAUGAUAAUACUGUAAUGGGUGGUUUUGGAGGAUUGUAUUUUGAACACUCUUUUGUUUUAUUGUUUUCUAAUGUUUUCAUAGUAACCGGGCUCAAAUGUAAUAAAAACAACAAAAAAAAGAACAAAUUGUCCAAUUUAGACCACACUACAUAUUUUAAAUCCAAAUGCAGGUAUUAAUAUUUGGAGCUCUUAAAAGGUAAAAGUAAAGAUAGUGUCAAUGCAUUGCAUCUGUCCUGUAAAUCAUGUGCAGCAAUGACGAUCACUAAUAAAGUUAUCCUUCAUUCAA